AUGGAGCGAGUUCGAAUCAACCCAGUCAUUCCCGGGUUUGCCCCCGAUCCCUCCCUUGUCUACGUAGACGGCACCUACUUUCUUGUCAACUCCAGCUUCCACCUAUUCCCCGGUUUGCCAGUAUACGCGUCGAAGGAUUUGCGGGACUGGAAGCAAAUUGGCAAUGCACUGGAUCAGAAUCGACAGAUGAGUCUCCAAGACUCCAUGACCAAGCUCGUCGGCUCCAACGAUGUAGAGGAAAAGAUAGCCGCCCAGGGCGGCCUUUACGCCCCUUCCAUUAGAUACCACAAGGGUACCUUCUACAUUAUCUGCACCAAUGUUUUCCACAAGGCAUCUCUACCGCCCGAAGUGAGCGAAUACCAAAACUUCAUCUUGUCAACCACGGAUAUCUGGGUGGACGAAUGGAGCGACCCGGUCUUCUACAACUUCCACGGCAUCGAUACCAGCUUGUUCUGGGACGACGACAACCGGGUAUACGUCAUUGGCGCCGCUUCUCAAUCUCCCGCGACCAAGAUCCGGCAAUUCCAGAUCGAUCUCAAGACGGGAGCAAAACUCUCCGAGGAGCAGCUGCUUUGGGAGGGUAUCUCAAAAGUUUACCCUGAGGGGCCGCACAUGUACAAGAAGGACGGGUGGUAUUAUCUGCUCAUUGCGGAAGGUGGCUGCUUUGCCGAUCACCAUACCAUCAUGUCCCGGUCGCGGGAUAUUUGGGGUCCGUACGAGGUGAACCCAGCGAACCCAGUGCUAGCAAAGGCGGAUCCGAAUGGGUAUAUUCAGUACACUAGCCACGGGGACCUCUUCCAAGAUCCCUCAGGGCAGUGGUAUUUCGUGUGCCUGGGUGUGAGGAAAAACAACGGUCGUUUCAUCAUGGGACGCGAAUCGGUCCUCACCACAGCCACCUGGCCAGAAGGUGAAUAUCCCGUGAUUGACCCUGUUCAACUCGACGUGCCACUCGCCAUCAAGCGGGGCGAAUCUUCGGAGUGGCCUGUCAGAAGAAAGCCUGGCCGUCCAGAUGUUGGUUUCGUCCGCAUCCGCGAUCCCGUCGAAGAAAACUACGAGCAUGGCGAAAACAGCGUCACCUUGACAUCCAGCAAUGCAGACCUGUCGCAGGCCGACGAGCCGGUGACGUUUAUCGGAAAGCGCCAAAGACGCCUGGAUGCUUCGGCUUCCGCAACACUAGAGCCCCUGGCCCCAUCUGCUACGAACGGCUCCGGUCUCAAGACUGGACUAUGCUAUUACAAGGAUGAACACCGUUUUACGCGCGUUUUUCUCGACGUAGAUGCCAAGGAGAUGGUCCUGGAAAUUGUCAACAGGGCCAAGUCCAUCGAACGGAGAAUAUCUCGGAGCGUGGGUGCACUGGACAAAGGCGCGAAGGUUACGUUUGGUGUUGAAUAUACCGAGCUAGAACUCUCGUUUUGGUAUUCUGUUGACGCAGGGACAAAGGAGAAGCUGGAGGGGAUCGACACUCUGGACAUGACUGGGCAUGACUUCGUGGGGCCCAUCAUUGGGAUAUAUGCUGUCAGCGACAAGCAGUACAAAGUACGGUAUUCGGAUCUCCUUCUUGAGGACCUCUGA